AUGUAUGACUCCUACCGCCCCCACCUACUCCUCGCGCAGGUGCCCCUCACCGUCUCGCCAUUCAUCAACCUCCCUACCUCGGUUACACUACCCUACACCUACAAGUCGGUCACCUCAACACUCCCUCCAUCCGUGACGGUCGACCCCAGCAAUUCAGAUGUCAAGGCCCGCUAUGUCGUUUCAUCCAGCGGUGAACAUGCCGCACAUCCAGACGAGAUCCUCACCGCGUGUCAGUCUCUCGGCCAACACCUAAAGAAGACACGAGACGAUGCCGAAACUGCGAUCAAAGCAUGGGAGGAAUCUAUUAAACAGCGCGAUUUAGCUGAGAAGCGGCGCGUCGCUCCUGGGUGGCUGGACCGCGAUGAGAAACUGUUGCAGCCCCAGGCGACCGGGUCCUCCGACUCCAAAGGAAAUGCCGAGAGUCGAAAUGCCGAGAGCCUGCUGGACAGCUCUGAAACUGAUCAUGGGUCUUCGAAUAUACCUUCGAUUAAACCUCGGGAUCAGGGAGAGGAGCUGGAUCGGGCAUUUGGGGGGCUGGGUGUGGAAUGA